GAAAUCUGUGGGAAGAGAGAACCACCUAGAAUGCCCCCACCAAAUCACUCAGUGGAAGGUCUUCUUCAGGAGGCUUCCAACAGAUCCCUGAAUGCAACAGAAAUCCUAGAGGCUUGGGAUCCAGGGACCCUCCAGGCACUCCAGAUCUCUCUUGCAGUGGUCCUUUCCAUCAUUACACUGGCCACUAUCCUCUCCAAUGCCUUUGUGCUUACCACCAUCUUCCUCACCAGGAAGCUCCACACCCCAGCCAACUAUCUCAUUGGCUCCCUAGCCAUGACUGACCUCUUGGUUUCUAUCUUGGUCAUGCCCAUCAGCAUUGUAUAUACCAUCACCCGCACCUGGAGCUUUGGCCAAAUCCUUUGUGACAUCUGGCUAUCUUCUGACAUCACAUGCUGCACAGCCUCCAUCCUACAUCUCUGUGUCAUUGCUCUGGACAGGUACUGGGCCAUCACUGAUGCCCUAGAGUAUAGUAAACGCCGGACAGCAGGCCACGCUGCUGCCAUGAUUGCCAUUGUCUGGGCCAUUUCUAUCUGCAUCUCCAUCCCACCACUCUUCUGGAGGCAGGCCCAAGCUCAUGAAGAGAUGUCCGACUGCCUGGUGAACACCUCCCAGAUCUCCUACACCAUCUACUCCACAUGUGGGGCCUUCUACAUCCCAUCUGUGUUGCUCAUCAUCCUCUAUGGCCGGAUCUACAGGGCCGCCCGGAACCGCAUCCUGAAUCCACCAUCACUCUAUGGGAAGCGCUUCACCACAGCCCAUCUCAUCACAGGCUCUGCAGGGUCUUCACUCUGCUCCCUCAACCCCAGCCUCCAUGAGGGGCACUCACACUCAGCUGGCUCCCCUCUCUUUUUCAACCAUGUGAAAAUCAAGCUUGCUGAUAGUGUCCUGGAGCGCAAAAGAAUUUCCGCUGCUCGGGAAAGGAAAGCCACAAAAACCCUGGGCAUCAUUCUGGGAGCCUUCAUCGUCUGCUGGCUGCCCUUCUUUGUCACAUCUCUGGUCCUGCCCAUCUGCCGGGACUCAUGCUGGCUCCAUCGGGCCCUCUUUGACUUCUUCACCUGGCUAGGCUAUUUAAACUCCCUCAUCAAUCCAGUCAUCUACACUGUGUUUAAUGAAGAGUUUCGGCAAGCAUUUCAGAAAGUUGUCCAUUUCCGGAAAGCCUCUUAGUCU